AUGGACGAGAAGUGGAAGCUGUCGAAAAAGGACGCAUCAGCUGCGUCGUACUCAGCUUCCUCUUCUUCAUCUAAAUCCAAGUUCUCUAGAAGCUACUCGACGAGUGCAUCCUCUACAAAGGCUCCUGUAUUCGUACGGAGUUCGUCCACCAAAUGCUCAGUCCCAUCUUCUUCGUCCUCCAUGUCCAGAAGCUCAUUGAAGAAAGAGAAAGGAUCAUCAUCAUCUUCCAUUACCCAAAAGUACAGCAGCUUGGCCAAAGAACAGAAAGGGAGGUUUUACAUUAUGAGAAGGUGUGUGGCUAUGCUUGUCUGUUGGCAUAAACAUGAUUCCUAG